CAAGGACCAAGUUUAAAUGUUGGUAUAAGGGCCACAACGUCAAUGGACAUACACCAAAAAAAAACCAACCAAAAGAAGUGAGCGCCGCAAAACGCAAAAUAAAAAAUCCCAAACCAAAAGAAGUGAACGCCAAAAACGCAGGAGGGUUCAAGAAGCAGCGGUAGAGACCGGUGGUAUGAGAUUAAGGGAUGGGAAAUCCAAAGCAGAAAUGGACAUCGGAGGAAGAAGAAGCACUUCGUGCUGGCGUCGCAAAGCACGGAGCUGGCAAAUGGAAGAAUAUUCAAAGAGAUCCCGAAUUCAAUCACCUCCUUUACUCUCGCUCCAAUAUCGAUCUUAAGGAUAAAUGGAGAAAUUUAAAUGUUAGUGCCAAUGGACAAGGGCCAAGAGAUAAAUCAAGGACACCGAAAGUGAAGACUAAUCUUGAUGCUGCAGCAGCUCCAUUGCCCAUCAUGCAGGCCCCUGUUUCUUCCACUCUAGUUCCACAAGAUGCAUCAGCCGACACUGUUAUGGAAGAUUCUUCAAAAUGCGCAUUAGAUGGAAAAAAUGCUUCAAAGUAUAAUCAAAUGAUAUAUGAUGCACUUUCAAGUUUGAAAGAGCCAAAUGGAUCUGACACAAGCACACUUGUUAACUUCAUUGAGCAAAGGCAGGAGGUGCCCCAAAACUUCAGAAGGCUGCUGAGUUCUAGGCUGAGGAGGCUUGUUCAACAAGACAAACUGGAAAAGAUUGAAAAUUGCUACAAGAUUAAGAAAGAGGUUUUGGAAAAAACAAAGAUAGCUACCCCAAAACAAAAACAUGUUGGGCCAAGGCAGUUUCCAAAUAGUGUCUAUCUUGGUGACACUGCCGAAGAAGCAGCAAUCACUGCUGCAUAUAAGAUUGCAGAAGCUGAAAAUAAAUCAUUUGUAGCAGCUGAAGCGGCCAAGGAAGCUGAGAGAGUCUCAAAGAUGGAGGAAGAAAGUGAUAAUUCACUACAGGUGUACAAGGAUAUCUUUGACAAAUGUUCACAUGGAGACAUUGUGCUUCUGAUGGCAUGAAGCGUCUUACCCUUAUUUUGUAAAGUCAGAACCAGCUGUUCAGAACCUCUGAAUUAGUAAAUGGCAUUCUAUGCAUAUCAACUAGUGAUAAGCGGUUUGUUGUUAAUUUAUGUAUUAGGGAUGACCUUGGAACAGAUCCUCACCUCCUAUUAUGUAUUCUACAUAACAAAAAAUAGAGAGGGAGAUAGAUUAUUUUAAAGCUAGAGAUUUGAUGCUUGUAAAUCAUGCACUUCUUUCUAGCUGGAAAAAAGGAUAUAAACUAUUCAGCUUUUACUUCCUGCUGAGUAGGUUUGGCACAA